GCGAGAAUGGUCCUGGAGAGGCGGUGGGGAGAAAGAGGCCGAGGAACGAGCUUGACGGGCUGAGCUCGCCUGAGAACAACGACAAGGGCGACGACGAGGGAAGGAGGAUCAAGAGGGGGAAGCAGCUGGUGAGGGGAGGUGCUGGCAGUGGGCGGGCCGGGAGCGGGCGAAUGCAUCCGCGGAACUUGUAUCGGGAGCUGGAUCGAAGCUUUGAGGAGCUGGCAAGUGCUUAUCCGCCGCUGUUAGAGGUGCUCGACCACGGGAUGGUGCGGUUCUCGGAUCCGACUGCGCUACGGAUCUUUACACAGGCACUGUUUGCGGUCGAUUUUGGCCUUCGGGUUGAGCUCCCGCCUGCGCAUCUUUGUCCGACUCUGCCGUCGCGGCUCAACUACUUGCUGUGGCUGGAAGAUCUUGUGGAGAGCGGGCGGGAGGUGCAGGGCCGAGACAGCAAGAUUUGGGCGCUGGACAUCGGCGUUGGCGCGUCGGUGGUCUACCCCCUGCUGGGUGCGACGGCACUUGGAUGGUCGUUUGUGGGGACCGAAGUUGACAGCAAUGCGCUCGAAGUUGCAAAGGCCAACGUGGCAGCCAACGCCGACGUGCUGGAGGCCAAGGGCGUCGAGACGGUGCUCGUGGCAGCGGCAAGCGAGAACGAGCUGCUGCAACCGGCGAUGGAGGCGGAAGGCGCACCGGCGAUGUUUGGCGUCACGCUCACUAACCCGCCGUUCUUUGACGAGCCGAUGGAUGCAGGCUCUUGCAUUGGGUCGGCGACCGAGCUGGCGACAGCUGGUGGCGAGGUGGGAUUUGUGGCGAGGCUGGUGAUGGACUCUGUGGUGUACCGGGCCCGCGCGGUGUGGUUUACCUCGCUAAUUGGGAUCAAGGCCUCCUUGGCGCCGUUGCUGGACCUGCUGCACCACGGGCUGCCGUUUGCAGUCCGGGUUGUACACACCGCGCUGUACCAGGGCCGAACGACGCGGUGGGCGAUUGGAUGGUCGUUUGUCGCGGCCGAUGGCUCACCGGUCCCGGCGCGGGAGCCUGGCCUCCCGGCGCGUGUUGUACCGGUCCAGCUCGACGACGAGGGCGAUGAGAAAGAAAUGGCUGUGCUCACCGCACUCUCGGCAGCGCUGACAACGCUGAACGUUGCGCACGAGCUCGAGAUUGACGAACGUCGCAGCAACGGUGGGGGUGGUGACGACGAGCUCGCGCUCUGCAUCAAAGGUUCGGUCGUCCGCCGCGACGGAGCAGCCGAGCACGAUGACGGUCGUCUGUUUGAUUUCGUGGCGAGGGCUACGCCCGAUGCUGCGAGCGUGAGCGUGGCCAUGGCGGGACAUGAUGCAGGGCGGGCACGGCGGAUGGCGGGCUUCUUUGAUGCGUUUGUGGAGGUAGUUGCGGGCAAGCUGCGGUAAGGGGCGCGGUUAUUGCAUGGCCAGCUGCGCCUUGAGCUGCGCAAUUUGCGAACCAUACUCGCGGGUGUUCUCGACGAGCUGGGCCUCGAGCGAAGCGGCGCGGGCCUCGGAGGUCUCGGCGCGCAUGAGGAGGAGGAAGCGGUCCUUCUCCAGCUCGCCCAUGCCUGCGGUGGAGAGCACCUUUUGGAGGUCGGUCUCGAGACGGUGGUUCUGGCGGGUGAGCUCCUCGAUGCGGAAGCGGAGCUGGAUGACCUCGCUCGAGUUGGUGGUGGACAUCUGCAUGCCGGCCGACGGGCCGGGCGGCAUCGACUGCAGCUGGAGCGACAUCUCGCGAAUUUGCGACUGGAGCGAGUGGAUCUUCGAGUUGGCAGCGGAGAGUUCGUUGCGAAGGGCAGCAGUUUCGGCAGCGUCUGCGCUGGUGGACGAACCCCGGCGCUUGUCGAGGGCCGGCAGUGGCUCGGCGCGAGACGGUGGGCGCGGGCGGGCGCGGGCAGACGCGGCGCCGUUGGCUUCGACAAGAUGUUCGAGCCGGGCGAUGAUGGUUUCCUGGUCAGCGAUGACUUGCUUGAACUUGUUGACCGAGGAGUUUUCAGUCUGGAGCUGCAUGAUAAAUGCAGCCUGCGCAGUA